AUGCUCGUUCGAGCCCCGUCACGCAAUCUAUCCAUUCGCAGCGCCCCUUCCCAUUACCCAGCUAUCCAUCCAUCCUCACCCAACCAUCCCCAGGAAGGAAGGAAGGACGCAAGGACGCAAGGACACAAGGAAGGAAGGAAGGAAGGACGCAAGGACGCAAGGAAGCGCAGUACGUAUGAUCCCAGCGCCACACGACACCCGUACGUACACACACGCGCCCCCGCGCGUCCUUCGCGGUUUAAGCUUUCAUAUCUUCCCGCGAAUCCCCCGCCGCCACCGCCACCGCCACCGCUGCCGACCGACCGACCGACCGACCGAUCGUCCAGCUCCUCCCGGCCCCGCCCAAUCUCCCCGCGGCGGCGGAUAGUGGCGAUUGGUGGCGGAUAG